UGCAACAAUCUUGCUUACCCCAAUUGGGGUAGAUCGAAUUCGCCUUUGGAACGCAUCUUACCUCCCCAAUACGCAGAUGGCAUUUGGACGUCCCGUGAAUGGCCGGGACUAUACCUCCGGGCUCCAGUUGACUCUGUCAGCCGCAUCUUUUCGUAAGGCGUCUCAGAUUAUCCCGACAAUCAAUUCAAUCAAUUAACACAAUUACUGUGAUGCACUGGGGUCAACUUGUCGCUCACGAUAUUACUCACGUUCCUACUUUCCGUACAUUGACCAAUUCGGCGAUUCAAUGUUGCACGGGUGACGGCAAGUACUUGUCACCUGAGCGAACUCUGUUUCCCCACCGAACCCACUUUGUUUCCCCAUCGAUGUGGACCACGACAAUGAAUUCUAGAGUCAAUUUGGCGUUAGCUGUCACGAUUUCGUCCGCUCUGUCAUCGCUCCUCGAGAAGAUUGCAAAUUCGGUUAUGCCGACCAGCUCAACCGAAUUCCGGCCUAUCUGGACGCUUCCGUCAUUUAUGGCUCGACUGCUGCUGAAAAAGUUGUCGUGUUACCCCAAUAGACAAUCGGCGGGGACUAUGUUUGUUUUACCAGUCGAUCCCGAACGAAAGGAUUGUAUUUCCGACGAAUACGGAAGCCAAUGCUUCGUCGCAGGUGAUCAACGAGUCAAUCAGUACACUGGUCCAACUGUGUCUUGCACAUCGUCGUUUGGCUUCGUUUGCACGACAAGUAUGCUAACCAGCUGGCUUUGAUCAACUCCCAAUGGGACGAUGAGAAACUUUACCAGGAGACUAAGGAAAUCGUUAUAGCUUUGGUGCAACACAUCACCUACAACGAAUAUCUGCCAUCUGUUUUUUGGGACCCAAUUUAAUGGAAGAAUACGGCCUACUCCCUCUCACAACU